AUUUUAGGACACCCUUUAUUAUCUGACCGGAUAUCUUAGAGGUACAGCAAACGCACGCGAAAGUGCGUGAGGAGGGCUUCCGGCUGGAUUCAGGGUUGUAGAGACCCUAAGCUAGUCAAAGGACCGUCACCAUGACGCGACCCAAGCAGGAUGGCGGCAAGUUCAAGUCGUUCAUGCAGGAGAAUGUCCUUACCAUGGCCACCGUUAUCGGUGUGUUCGUGGGAGGACUCAUCGGCUUUAUUAUCAAAAAUAGUACGGGCGAGUGGUCCAAACGAGAGAUCAUGUACAUAUCCUUUCCCGGAGAGAUUUUCUUACGAAUGCUAAAAUGUUUGAUUGUCCCACUUUUGGUGUCGUCAAUCACCAGCGCCAUUGGUGGGCUCGAUCUUAGCAUGUCCAGCAAAAUUGCUACCAGAGCCAUCACAUACUACUUUGUGACCACCAUAUCGGCCGUAAUUCUGGGCAUUUGCCUGGUGACCACACUGCGUCCCGGCCAGGGAGCCAAGAUCGUGGAGACCCAGACGGAGAGCAUCGAUAAGGCGUCCAAGGUGCUCACCCCAGACACGCUGAUGGAUCUGGUGCGAAACAUGUUUACGGACAACAUCAUUCAGUCGACCAUGUUCCAGCACCGCACUGAGAUCUAUGAGAACACUAGCAUUAGCCCAGCACAACCCAUGGAAAACUGGGAGUUCAAGUCCGCUCAGCGCGAGGGCUCCAAUGUUCUGGGCCUUGUGAUGUUCAGUGUAAUCCUAGGCACCACCAUUGGAAGAAUGCGUGAGAAGGGUCAAUUGCUGCAGGAUUUCUUCACCACCCUCAGCGAGGCCAUGAUGACCAUCACCUCAUGGGUUAUUUGGAUUUCUCCGCUUGGAGUGGCCUUCUUAAUAGCCGCCAAGAUCAUUGAGAUGGAGUCGAUAGCAGCAACUAUACAAUCGUUGGGAUGGUAUUUCAUAACGGUCAUGAUAGGUCUAUUCUUGCAUGGUUUUGGUACCAUUGCUGUGAUCUUCUUCUUGGGCACCCGUCGACUUCCGUACCGCUUUAUUGCCAAGCUCAGUCAGGUCUUAGCCACUGCAUUCGGAACUGGUUCUAGCUCUGCCACCAUGCCACUGACCAUCAAAUGUCUGGACAACAUGGGCAUCGAUCCGCGGGUCACUCGCUUUGUCAUUCCCGUGGGCGCCACCAUCAACAUGGACGGAACGGCCCUCUAUGAGGCUGUGGCUGCUCUGUUCAUCGCCCAAUAUCGUGAGAUGAGCUACUCCUUCGGCACCAUUGUGGCCGUGAGCAUAACGGCUACAGCAGCCUCGAUCGGAGCAGCUGGAAUCCCGCAGGCCGGACUCGUCACCAUGGUCAUGGUGCUGGACACUGUGGGCUUGGAGCCGAAGGAUGUGUCCCUCAUCAUAGCUGUCGAUUGGCUACUGGAUCGCUUCCGCACCACCAUCAAUGUGAUGUGCGAUGCCCUGGGCACUAUUUUGGUUAAUCAUCUGUCGAAGAACGAUCUGGCCAGCGUGGAUAGGCUGAAUGCCGAGCCCCAUGAGCUCCUCGAGCUGGGACCCAAUGGCCACGAGAUGAAGGAAUGAAGGCAGUCUUCGCUUGGCGCCUAUAACCGCAAACGAUGAGUGGACAUGUCCCGGCUGUGGGCCUGCUUCCACAUCCUCCCCAGCAACGACAGCGAUAGCGAUGACUACGACGACGAUGAGGACUUUUAAGGAGCGUCGCAGGAUCCUAUCGAAUCGGAACUGAGGCGGAGUCAUCACGUUUGUUUGCGGAUUAUUUUGGGUGACCAAGUCGCUUCCAAUUUCCAGAUUGAUCAAUUUGAUGCAGCUCCUCCGGCAGACGCUUGAGUUCUGCCAGAGUACAAGUACUAAGCCAGCAACGAAUUUAAGUGACACAUUCGUUAACUAGUUUGUUUUUCCCAAAAUUAAAGAUCAAAAGCGAGAACAGAAAUAAGGUUUAAGUUGAAAACAAAAGAACAUUUAUCGUCUAAAUUAGAGAUACUUUCAAGGUGUAAAUAAUUUUUAAAUAUAAUUAUAUUAAAUUGAGUUCAAAUUUGCAUUACAUUCUCCCAUACGAUUAGUAUUACAAUCGAAGAGUAAAAAUUAGUUCAAUUCCAGACAAACAAUCCCAACUUGAAGCAAUUGCAUUUGAUUAGGUCGCAAAUUGUUGAGAUUCGUAUCUAGUAUUUGUUGAACAUUAUUCUAAAACCUUUUGACAUAGCAAAGCGAAACAAAAUAAUUUAAAAAGACAAUUUACAAAUAGAAAACAGAUUAAUUAACACACUAACAAGUAAUAACCAAAACCAAUUCAAAUCGAAUCAGAAUUUCAAAUGCCGUUACAAGUUCGUGUUCAUAGUUGAGCUUUGUAAAUACUUAAUAGCUUAAGUAUACAUACAUAAAACUUUAUGGAAAUAUUUAUAUUUAAAGCGUGGAAAUCGAAUUCUUGAAUGACAAUAAUAGAGUGCUGCAAUCACACAAAUACAAAUUUAUACGAGUAACAAAUUAUUUAUAACAUAUUAAGAAAGUAAAAAUAAAUUAGGUCACAUCUUUGCCAAAUUCCACGAAAAAAAAAUAAUUACACAAAAAAUAACCAUAAAAUAAAUGAAAUAUUUAAAUGUUUGCCAUGCUUUCAGCCAAAAAGGAGAAUUUUUUAGGUUACGAAUCAUCAAAAUGUUUGUAGUCGUGCGUAGUCUAAAUAUAUGUUUACUAAUAAAACUUUAUGAAUAUUUAAUGAA